CUGAAAACUCCCAUCACUUAAAUAACCUCACAAAAUUCGUCAACAAAUUCGUAAUGUGAAAAGAAGUGUAUUAUUUUCCGAUUUACCAGGUAAAAUGCUGAGCAGGGUGCAUCAAAUACAGUGUUGCUUACGACGACAGUUUGCAAGUUUACCUCUGAAGUACAAUGUAGAGCCCUUAACGGAGAGAAGCCUGCUAAGAGUGUCGGGAACUGAUGUUGCCGAUUAUUUGCAAGGUCUCAUCACCAACGAUGUUACUCACUUGUCACAUGGUACUGGAAGUAUCUUUACAAUGUUCCUCAACACAAAAGGUCGCAUACUUUUUGAUGCCAUUUUAUAUCGAACCGUUAGCGAAAAUGUGUUUUUGAUGGAAUGCGAUCGUCGUGGAAUUGAGAUGUUUCAAAAGCAUUUGAAAAUGUAUCGUGUUCGACGGAAAGUUGAUGUAAGUAGCGUCGAUACAGAAAUGUGUGUUUAUGCCAUGUUUGAUCCACACCACACCGACAGUGGGAAGAGUGUGCAUGAGAUCUCUCGACAUUUAGAAGGGUUGAUUGUACCGAUUGAAGAGCUGAACGAAAUUUUACCAGAGACCUCCAAGACGUGCAAGAUGUUUAAAGAUGUGCACAUUUAUAGCGAUCCGCGUGUGGCAAAUUUGGGCGUACGACUGAUUGCUCCGAGAAAUCUAGACCUACGCAAAGAAAUAGCCAAAGUUUUUAAUGUUGAAAGUAAUCCUAGUCAAGAGCGCUCAUAUCAGUGGCUUAGAUACACUUUAGGUGUAGGCGAAGGUCUUGAUGACCUACCAAUUGACAACUCCUUUCCAUUGGAGGCUAAUUGUGACUACCUGCAUGGCAUAAGUUUUCAUAAGGGCUGUUACAUUGGGCAGGAGUUAACAGCACGUACCCAUCAUACUGGUGUGGUACGUAAACGAUUAAUGCCCCUAUACUUUAAAGACCAAUUGAAAAGCAUCCCAGAAGACAGUAAGAUUAUAAGUGAGAGUACCAAUUUGGGAAAGUUACGAGGUGUGACUGGAAAUGUUGGCUUGGCUCUCUUAAGAAUUGAGAAGGCGUUGAGUGUUAGUCAAAUUUGUGUUGGUGAUGGAAUUGCCACGACAUCCAAACCAUUUUGGUGGCCUAUUGAAGCACCAAAAGAAAGAACUAGUUUGUCAAAGAAUUAAUGAUAUAAUUAUUUAUUUAUUAUCAAAGUCUAUUAAAUGUGUUGAUCUGUUA